AUGCCACCAAACGCACAAGGCCAAAGGCAAUGGUUUGUGCCCGUGGCUGUAACAGUGGCUGCUGAUCUUUGCGAUCACAAAUGUGCACACAGAUGUAAAAGGGCAGUCCUAUCUUCUAAGUCUCAAAAACUUAAUUAUCUCCCUACAGAUUCUCUGAAGGGAAGAAAUCCCAAGAAUCCCGAGGGGUCAAAGGAAAAAGAGACUGGUAAAAGAAAAGAUGUGAAGCCUCCAGCAGCCUUAAAGGAAAAGGACUCUUCAAAAGGAAAAGAAAUGAAGGCUUCAACUACGACUAAGGAAAAAGCUGCGGUGAAAAAGGAAGGGGAAAAGAAAGCUACCUCAGAGAAACCUCACGAACACAAGCAUGAACACGUUAAACAUGAAAAAGCUGUCCCUCAGACUAAGCCAGAGGAGAAAAUUAAACAACAAAAGACAACUCCCACUGAGAAGUCAGUCCAGACAAAGCCAGCAAAGCAUAAAGCAGUCAGACAUGAAAAAGAAGUUCCACCUACAAAACCAGUCAAACUGAAAAACACUGCAAAGCCAACAGGUGAAAUCCCAACAGCAGCCACGAAAAAAACAAAGACAGCUAAGGAAAAAGAAGGAGUCCCACCAGCAAAAGAAGCUCCACGACAUCACAACCUGACAUCAGCUCCUGUCCGCUACUUUCAAUGUGUCUUCCUAAAUGGACCUAAUGGAUUUGGACUGCAAUUUCCCACUAACCCCCCUUCAAACAAGGAAGAAAAGACUCACUCAAAGACUUCCAAGAGAAAGACAAGGAAACCAGGGCAGUAGAGAGACUGAAUCUUGUGAUUGCUCACAUUUUGCACUUUAUCUUUUCUGCUGAGGUCCACAGUAGUUACAGUGGUACUUGUCAUUGCAAGAAUGUGAUCCACUUGGACAUAUGUACCUGGAAAAAGUUUCCAUGAGGCAUAGGCAAAACAAGCAGUAAUGAACUGUGUUUGACAAAGGUAGAAGUGUAAAAGUGCCCCGUUUCUCAUGGAAAGGCUGCAAUGCUAACAAAGCGUUGACUUGAUUGUGUGUGUGUUUUCCUGCCUCUUUUGCUCUUCUUUUUCUUUACCUACCUGCUCAGCAUUGAAGUGAGUCUGUUUUCCAUUUAAUCUUAUCUAGGGAGUUAAAUGUUGGAUGUAGCUCUUACAUCAGCAAGACUGCAAGACUACCUACAAUCCUAAAUCAUUUCUUCUUAACGAUCAGUCAAAUUGCUGACAGGAAAAAGCCUCACUAAGUCAUGAAAAUGCGCUCUGUGACUGGUGUUAUUUUUAUGUCUCAUUGACCAGUGUAGCCUGAAGCUCACACUUGCUCUGAGCAGCUCAAUAUACUAUCAGUACAUUGACUCUGCAAGUCAUGUUAAUGAUGAAUAUUUCUAUUUAACUUGAAGCAGUAAAAGCAUGGUCUGUUUGCCCUGCUUGUUGGUGAAAUACAAACUCUUCACUUUCUAAAACCCAAAGUGAGCAGAGAAAGUGAAACAACAUGGCAAAGCUGAGGAAAACUAGUGUUUCACCAACAUGAAGGUCCCAAGAAAAAAAUGAAAUAAUUUUAGUACUUCUACUUUUCUUCUGUGGGUAAAUCAGAUUGACUUGCAGCAAAGACCAUGUAAAUGGAGAAUAUACCAGCCAACCAUUUGCUAUUAGCAUAAGUCAGAUGAAAAGUUAUGAAGUGAGAUGCCACUCAUAAAACUAAAGCAACCCAAAUUUCCAAUAGAUAAACAUGCCAAUUUGAUGUAAUCUCAGAUCAGUGAACAAAAAAAAAAAGAACAAAACAAAACAAAAAAAACCCAACAAACAGGACUAUAUGAAAUAAUCCGGGUAGCUGAUUUUACUAGAUGAAAUGAAAGGACUUCCUCACAGCACACUACUGUUGGUAACUUACAGAUGAGAACUGGAAGUAGAUCUGCCAAUCCUCAACCUUCUUUUGUGCAUUUCUGUAGAAAUAAUGGAUUUGUUGCCUUAAGAAAGAGAUGGGAUGGCAUUUGAUCCAUGUGAAGGCACAUGACUGAAAACUGGCAUCUCAGUUGUCUGUACAUCUGGCAAUGUAAAUAAUCAUGCAUUUUUGCACGCUGCUAUUUGUUUGUAUUUCCUUACUAUAUUUUUGCAUUUAAUCUGUGAAAUGUACAGCAGUGAUCUUAGUUAUAUAGUUACCUGGUGAAGCAGCAUGAUGCUUUUUGUACAACCCGGCUACUUGUAGAGUCUGAUCACACCAGUAACUAUAUACCGCUUUUUUAUUUUUAGCAUAGUUCAAGAUAACAUCAGCCCCUUCCCCCAUCCCCUCGUCCUGCCAACCCAUCCUUACUUUAAUCAAAUAAUUGAUUCACACGAGUUUUUGACAACUGAGUCUUUGACAGGUCAAUGCAAUUCAGAAAGCUUUGCUGUUACGCUUGCUGGGUCAGGUUGGUACUCUGAUUACUGGUCAUGGCCUUAUGUGAACUGGGUUCUUGGUCUUAAUGCACUCUCAUAUUGCACAGGUCCUGUGCUGCAAAACCUGUCAUUGCAACAAGCAGUCUAGACAUUGGUUUCUGGAAAGACGUAGGAACAGGUCCUGCCCUAGGAGUAGCUCUUCCCACAUAGGAGCACACUGCAGAUAGAUAAAAUUGUUCAUGGUGAAUGCCUCCACUGUCACCUGUGAAAUCUGCUCUGGGGAUAGAGCUGUCAAAGAGUAUUUCAUGGUAAAAUGACAAUCUUUAAUUUUCUUUCAGUGGGCCUUUUUAUAUUUCCAGUGACUUUUUUCUCCUCCCAAUUUGUGAUUCUGUAUAUAUUAUUAUGGAUGUUAUUGCCCUAGAUUUUUACUGUGAAAGCUAUCUUAAAAUAAGAUUAAAACUUUCUGAAAAUCAGUUAAUUUAAUUCAAGACUUUAUCUAAUUCUAAUAAUCAGGACAAAAUUUUAAGAUACCAUAAGCCAUUAAUUUUUUCAGUUUCUUUUCACAAAAUAAAUUUUGCUGAUUAUAGUUAGCCUUAAUCCUUUCUUCCCAUUUGAGUUGGGAGAUGACGAGAAUAUGUUCCAGAUCUCAUUUCCAUAAUGUUUCAAUUAGAUAUCUGAAAGCUUUGGAAAUAUAAGCAAUUAAUAUUAUUGAAAAAGUGACAUAAAAUCAGUCAUUUAUUGUUGUUUCCUAAUCUCAGUCACUGCCUCAAAGAACAGGAGAAACAGGUCCACUGUUGGUCCACAGGUCCAAAUGGCGAGCAUUUUUCUCUUUAAAUUCACCUGGAAACUUUAAAAAAAUUACUUGAAUUGCAUGGUUUUACUCAAAUUAGCCUGAAAUAUUGCAAAAUCAUAUGCUGAUUGUUAUCCAUUUCGGAAAAUAAAGAAUAUAAACCUUG